UUGUUCACAACUCCAAACCCAGAAAACGAUGUCUGUGAUCACUGUUCAACCAAGUCAAACGUAUACCAUGGGGGUUGCCCAAAGGUUUCCGGCCAAAAAACGUUGGCAUCAAGGCAUCUUUGGAUGUUUCAAUAACCCCCUGAUCUGCCUUUGUGGAUUCUUCUGUUCACCGUGUUUAUACUGUUCAACAGUGAACAAAUUAGGAGAAAGCGGUUUCAAGUAUUGGUGCCUCUCCACGUUUUGCUUUUGCCCUAUGGGUGUGGCAGCCCGAUCAAUGGCCCGUGAGCGAUACCAAAUCGAUGACACCUAUGCAAAUGAUGUCGUCGUUGCUUUAACUUGUGGCACUUGUAGCUUGUGUCAAAUUGCUGCUGAGAUUGAGCACAAUCAAAGAAAUCCAGGCUACUAAAUGCAUUGAGGUAUUCUUUUGAAUACAAUCUUAUUUUUAUCCUAU